AUGACGGUGGCGCGACGCCGCAAGACGCGCGGUGUGGCAGUGGCAGCGCCAGGGCGGCGCAGGUGCAGCCGCGUGGCGGUGGCAGCGGUGGCAGUGGCCGUUGCGGUCGGGCUGGGCAUGGUGUGGGUGUGCUGCACGAGCGAGCAGUUGAAGCUGAAGGUGGCGGAGGACGUGGGCCUGCUGCUGCACCCGUUCACGUGCAGGGAGGUGCGGGCAGGCAGCUUCCCAACCGACGUGGAAGGCGUGAACACGGCAAACGUGCCUGUGCCAACGCUAAGCAUCAGGGACGGCGGCGGGCACGGAUGGCCACAGCAGCCACAGCAGCAGCCAAGGCGGAAAGACGGCGACACGAGCGGUUCCCGGUCCUCACCACCAUCACCCUUGCCAAUACCGCCGGAGCUGGCGCGCAUCGGAUAUCGACCGCCACGCAUCUACAUCGCGGAGAAGGAGGCGUGGGCGGUGUUCAACCAGCGGGAGGAGGCGUGUGCACCAGGGACCGCCGACCUCCCUGAGCGCGUCAUGCACUUGCUGCUCAGGAGCAACGUCACUGGCAGCAUUGUCAUGGACCCUUCGCAGGCGGAGUGGAUCUACAUCCCCUUCCUCACCGUGCACACGUGCGGCGUGGACGUGGCUGACCAGCAUGUUAGCUUCGACCAGGUGUUCCGGGCCGUGCAGCCGCUGGGCCGUCGGUUCAUCCUGUUUACGGCGAGGCCCUGGAACGCGCUCACGCUGCUGCGCAUGAACACGCAGACGCUGCUGGACCGCUACCCCGACAUGGUGGUGUGGUCGCCCGAGGUGCGGACGCUGCAGGUGCAGGACCUCCGCCACCCGAAUCGCCGGCAGAGCCGCAGCCUGCGCAGACACGUGGCCGUGCAGCAGCCGCCGCUGCUCAUGAACAUCCCGGAGCACGUGUUUGCGCCGGAGUGGGCGCGCCACUACGAGUUUUGCUUCCAGGGCACGCUUCUCAACCAGCAGCGCACGAGUAUCGCAGAGGUGCUGCGUGCGCGCAACGACAGCUUUGUGUUUGGCAGCUGCCGCUCCACCCGCACGCAGCUCAUGUUCACCAAGCUGUCACCGGACGAGUCUCGCAGGCUGUACUCGCGCUGCCACUACUGCAUCAUGCCCAUGGGCGACUCGCUCACGGACCAGCGCUUCUUCGACGCCAUGAUGGUUGGCUGCAUCCCCGUCAUCUUUGAGCCACUCAAGCCGCUCCCCUUUGCCCAGUUCCUCGACUACGCGUCAUUCACGCGCCACGUGCGCAACGCGCGCAGCCGAGGCGCGCUGUGGCGGGAACUCGAGGCCAUACACGCAACACCGCGCGAGCAGCGGGUCACCAUGCGGCGUGCGCUUCUCCACGCCGUCAAGAGCAUAAGUUUCGCUCGGGAGCACGCGCAUGCGGGCCUGCACUUUGCACUGGCGCUGACAGUCAUGUCCGAUGUCGAUGAUCGUGAUCUACAGCUGCAGCACGCCGAGCACGAGAUCAAUCGCUUGGCAGAUCUGGAGGGCUGGUGGGGGCUGCGCCACAACAGAUGA